AUGCCCAUCCCCACCGAGAUGGGCUUCUCCUUCCCUUCAUUUGGUGCGGAAGAUGCAAAUCCAACGCAGGGUGAUCCCGCACAGCCAAAUCUUCAGAAUUCACCAAAGAAGGGUGCCCCGGAAGAUCACCCUAGCCAGCAGCAAGCCGGAAAACCUGCGACCGAGGUACAGCUUGGCGAGGGAAUUCCUUUUGCGAAAGGUCCCUUCGGUAUGACGAUGGGUAUGAGAAGCAAAGGUCCAUCCACAGCUGGGUCAGGGCGGGUGCUCGUUGAUACGCCGUGGGAAUUGCGUCCGGAUGGUAAGGAUGCGGUUGUGGAGACCGACGUCCUGGAGAGAAAUGCGUUGGCUACACCCAAUGACGAGAGCGGAGAUUCCAGAGGUGCGGAACGCCUGCCCACUCAGCGGCUUCUCAGAGGUCGGUCCGUAGCAGUUCACCGUUCUAACCCAACUACCCCAUCAACUGUAUCAAAGUAUCCACCAUCCGCGGCGAUGAGGGCGGUGCCAGGCUUUUGUCCACACAGCACCCCGUUGAGUUCAGUGAAAGAUGCACUGUUUCUGGGAUGGGAGGCUCAGCCCUGCAUGACCUAUCAGGAGGCGUUUGACUUUCUCAAAUCGAAAAAAAAGGAGGUAAGCCCCAAUAUCGGCUUUGUGCUCGCUCUAAGAGAGCUAGCAGGUGGGGGCGACUUCAGCCUCAGUAGCUCGUUAUAA